AUGACGGUAAUAGAUCUGGUGCCCCAGGGCACGGCCUAUGGUCUCCUUAUCGGCCUGGGCGUCCUCUUCUGCGGGGUGAUCCUAGUGGCGAUCAAGAUCCAGAGAGCGUAUCUAGCCGAGGAUUCAGGAACAUCUGAGAUGUUCAUGGUCGCAAACCGCUCGGUUGGCACAGGACUGACGGCUUCAGCGGUCUUCUCAUCAUGGAUGUGGAUCAAUGAGACGGUUUUGUCGGCCGCGAUGUGCUAUCGCUAUGGACUAGCGGUUCCCCUGUGGUGGGGAUCGGGUCUCUGCUUCCAGAUCGCAUUGAUGGCAGCGCUUGGUGUCAUGGCCAAGAUCCGCGUGCCCUAUGCCCACACUUCCCUGGAAAUCAUCCGCAUGCGAUACGGAUGGGUGGGCCACAUCAUCUACAUGAUUCUCAACCUGACCAACAAUGUGUUCGGCUGCGCUUCGAUGAUCUUGACGGGGUCGCAGCUCAUCCACGGCGUUUCGGGAAUGAAUUUUGUGGCUGCUACCAUUCUGAUACCCCUCGGAGUGGUGCUCUAUACUGCCGUCGGCGGCUUGAAGGCAACUUUCCUCACGGACUUUCUUCACACGACUGUCGCUUUGAUUCUCAUCAUCUACUUCACGCUCUCAGUCCUGACCCACGACGCUGUGGGCGGGCUGUCUGGUCUCUAUGAUAAAGUGGUCGCAACCGCGAGCGAGAACUACAUUUCUGGGAACUAUGAGGGCUCUCUGCUUACCAUGAAAUCGAAAGAUGCCAUUAUCUGGGGCCUCAUCUUGAAGUUCGGCAACCUCGCGCUGGUUGUCAUGGACACUGCGUUCUGGCAGAAGUCAUUUGCCAGUGAAGUCAACUCCACCGUACCGGCCUACAACCUGGCCGCCGUCGCCGUGUUCGGAAUACCCUGGGGGCUAGGCACGGUGAUCGGGCUGUCUGCGCGGGCGCUGCACAACACCCCCAUCUUCCCCACAUACCCCGGUCCCCUCACGGCCACGGAAGUGAGCACGGGGAUGGUGAUGCCCUACCUCGUGAAAGCCCUGCUGGGCAACGCGGGGAUGGUGGCCUUCUUUGUGCUGCUCUUCAUGGCGCUGACCAGCACGGUCUCCUCGUCGAUGAUCGCGGUCAGCAGCAUCCUCUCCUUCGACAUGUACAAGACCUACAUCAACCCGACCGCGGGGGACCGCCGGCUGCUGCACGUCAGCCAUAUCGCCGUCGUCUUCCACGCGAUCUUCAUCACGGGCAUCUCCAUCGCCCUCAACUACGGCGGCGCCAACAUGACCUGGAUCGGCUACUUCCGGCCCAUCCUCUCGUGCCCCGGCAUCAUCCCGCUGGGGCUGACCCUAUUCUGGUCCGGCCAGACCCGCCUGGCCGCCAUCCUCGCGCCCGUGCUGGGCUUCUUCACAGGCCUGGCCAUCUGGCUGGCGACGGCCAAGUCGCUGUAUGGCCGCGUGGACAUGACCACGACAGGCGAGGGGCUGCCGGCGCUGUACGGCGCCAUCGGCUCCUUCUUCUCGCCCGCCCUCUAUUCUGUGCUGAUCUCCCUCUACCGCCCCUACAAAUUUGACUGGCGCGAGUUCCUCCGCAUCGAGCUCGUUGCCGACGACCAGAGUUCUGUCUCCCAACCCACCCCCAACCACGAAUCCCGCGAGGACAAGAAAGAAGGGCCCGAGCCCGAAACCAAAAGCGUCUUCGUAUCCUCCACCUCCCCAACCUCCAACUCCCCAUCCCCCUCGCAGUCCCGCCUCAGCCUCGACGAGGUCAUCCACCCGUUCUCCCCGGAGACCCUGCGGGAGUUGUACCGCUGGUCGCGCAUCGCGUGGGCCACCUUCGUGGCGCUCGUGCUGAUCACCUUUGUGCUGUGGCCGAUGCCGCUGUACCGGGAUUACAUCUUCACCAAGUCGUUCUUCGCCGGGUGGACGACGGUGGCGAUCAUCUGGCAGUUCUGCGCGUUCUUGGCGGUGGUGGUGUAUCCGCUGUACGAUGGGCGGUUGGAGAUCGCCAAGGGGGUUCGCGGGGUGUGGGCUUCGAGUCGGCGGGUUUGGGAGGGGCGGAGAAAUUAGUGGGAAUUUUAUGACUCUAAAGAAAUUAUACCGAUGCUCAGAUUCG